AGCCACUGCCCUAGUCCCAGCCAGAGACCAUGCCCCAGACCCAGCCACAGACCCAGCCACAGACCCUACCCCAGCCCAAGCCCAGGCCUCUGCCCCCAGUCCCAGUCACAGACUCUGCCCCCAGUCCCAGCCACAGACCCUGCCCCAGACCCAGCCACAGAACCGUCAGCCACAGACAAUGCACCAGCCCAGGCCACAGCCCUGGCCGCAGUCCCAGUCCAAGACACAGCCCUAGCAGCCCCAGCUACAGUCCUAGUCACAGAUUCAGCCCCAGUCCCAGCCACAGAACCAGCUGCAGACCCAGACUCAGCCCCUGCCCCAGCCCCAGCUUAACCCCUACACCAGUCCCUGCCCCAGCCACAGACCCAAACCAAGCCACAAACCCAGCCACAGAACCAGUCCCUACUAAAGCCCCUGUCAAGUUCCAGCCACAGACCCUGCCCCAGAUACAGCCGUAGAUCAAGCCACAGACCCUACCCCAGCCCCAGCCCAGACCCCUGCCCCUGCCCCAUCCCCUGCCCCAGUCCCGGCCACACAUGCAGACCCAGCCACAGACCAAGCCUCGUAUCCGCCAAGGCCCCAGUCCUAGCCACAGCCUCAGCAGCCCCAGCCCAAGUAGCCCCAGCAGCUGCAGCCGCAGUCACAGACACAGCCCCAGUCACAGUCACAGCCACAAACCUAGUUGCAGACGUAUACUCGGCCCCUGCCUCAGCCCAGCUAAAACCCCUACACCAGCCCCAGCAACAGACCGAGACCAAGCCACAGACCCAGCCCCAGCACCAGCCCCUGCCCCAGCCCCUGCCCCAGCCCCUGCCCCAGCACUUGCCCAGUCAGAGACACAGCCCCAACCCCCUGUCCCAGUAAGAGACCCAGCCCCAACCCUAGACCGAGCCACAGACCAAGCCACAAACCCAGCUACAAACCCAGCCCGUACUCAAGCCCCUGCCCUAGUCCCAACCACAGACCCUGCCCCAGACACAGCCAUUGAUCAAGUCCCAGUCCCAGCCCCAGCCCCAGCAGUCCAAGUCCCAGCCACAGCCCCAGAAGCCCCAGCCCCAGCAGCCACAGUCCCAGUCUCAGCCACAGACCUAGCUGCAGACCCAGACUCAGCCCCUGCCUCAGCCCCAGCUCAAACCCCUACACCAGCCCCUGCCCCAGCAACAGACCGAGACCAAGCCACAGACCCAGCCCCAGCCCCAGUUUAUUCGUUUAUGAAGAAUAUCUAAUCAUGUAAUCCUGUUUAAUCAAGAUGGUUAAAUAUCGAUUUGACCACUGCUUGAACGUUUAGUUGCUUAUAAAGUGUAAACAAUAUUCAUAUAAUCGAAUUUAAUCAAAUGGUUAGAUACUGAUUUUGAACAUUGCUGUAACGUUUAUUUGCUUAUGAAGCAUACAACAAUCAUAUAAUUGAGUUUAAUCGAGCUGGUUAGAUAUUGAGAUUGAGCAUUGCUUGAACGGUUAUCAGCUUAUGAAGGAUACAAUUAUCAUAUAAUCGAGUUUAAUCAAGAUGGUAAGAUAUUGAUUUUGAACACUGCUUGAACGUUUAUUUGCUUAUAAAGGUUAAGUAUAUUAACCAUAUAAUAGCGUUUAAUCAAGAUGGUAAAGAUAUUGAUUUUUAACAUUGCUUAAACGGUUUUUUUUGUUUAUGAAGAGUAUAUUAACCACAUAAUCGAGUUUAAUCAAGUUUGUAAAUUUGGAAUAGUUUAUACGUUUAAGAGAAGUGCCAAUUCAUGAUCACACUGCUAGAUUAGUUAGCAAGGAUUAGAAAAUGUUGCAGCUGAGGAAAUGAAAUGUGAUUGGAUUGUUAAUCGUUUUCCGUCAGUAAGAAAAACUGUGUGUACAAACACUUGUAAUCAGCCAUUUACAUGAUGCACAGGCUCGAUAAAAGUGCCCAAAAGUAUCGGAAACAUCUCUCAAUUGACUUUCAAGUUUGUAUUUUAUUAAAUAGUAAGGACAAUCAUUUUUAUUCUCACUGAUUUAAAUCGAGAUAAAUACUUUAACUAGUAGUUGUUAGAACACUUAUGUAAUAUGUUCAAAUGAGAACCGUCUUCCAAUCUGUACAUUUUAUAUUGUUUGGUUUUGAGCGAGGGAUCUGGUAAGAAGAAAGUGAUUUAAACGGAAAAUAUUUUACUAGCAGUUUUUAGCAAUCCGGAGACUUUACUUUAAGUAUAUUUGUUACUAUUUUUGAUAACUAUUACUCAGAUAUUUGCUAUAAUUAUUUUUGUAACAGAACAUCGUUUGUUCAUUGUAUUUUAGAUAGCCAUUGCCCUAUGAAGUGAAAUGCUUCAAUUUACCUAAAAUGUAAUGUGUAGAUUAGUCAGCAAGGAUUAGAAAAUGAUACAGGUGAGGAAACCCUUUAUGUUGCUCCAAAUGUGAUUGGAUUGAAGUUAAUCGUUUUCCAUUUAUAAGGAAAACUGUGUGUAAAACUACUUGUAAUCGGCCAUUCAAAGGAUGCACAGGCCCGUUAUAGUGCCCAGAAGUAUGUGAAAUUUCUCUCAAUUGUCUUUCAAAUUUGAAUUUUAGUUAAUAGUAAAGACAAUAAUUUAUAUUUCCAUUGGUUGUAAUUAAGAGACAAUUUUUGCGAGCAGUUGUUAGUACACAGAUUUAAUCUAUUAACAUUUAGGAGAAACGUCUUUCAAGAAUGUAAAUUUUAUAUUGUGUGGUUUGGGACGAAGGGAAAUCGGAAGAAGAUUUUUUUUUGUCGAGUGAUUUUAACAGAUAAUUUUUACAAGCAAUUUAAAGUAGUCCAUAGACUUUAGGUGUAUUGGUUGCUAUUUAUGACACGGUUUACUCAGAUGUUUGCUAUAGUUUUGUACAGGGGAGCAGGAUAAACGAAGUUGUGUUGGGAUGUACCAACAAAGGAAAUGUUGCAUUCCGAUAAACGUCGUUUGUUCACUACUCAAUUGUAUACAUUGUUUUGUGAGGAGGAGGGGAGGAGCUUGUAUUGAGGAGGGGAGAGCACCCCACGCGUAACUUGGACAGGAGGAUAAGGAGCAUGGGAAAAAGAUGCGCAAAUCCCAAUUCUGUGAAAUCACUCAUGACGUUUCUCCUUGACGUCCUCCCUCUUUGCUACUAUGCCUGCCCCAUUCCAUCAUCCCCUUCCGUGCAACAUUUCGAGCUCCGCCCUCUGCCCCCCCCCCUCACAAACUCCCCCUCCUCCUCACAAAAGAAGGCACGAUUACCCCCUCACCUACUACU